AUGCCGCCUCAAUAUGGCUUGUAUGGGUACCGGUACCGCUAUCGCCAGCCAUUAACCACAAGUGACCGGUUGGCUGUCGGUUGCUCUGCGGUGAUGCGGCGCAAGGAUUCGGUUCCCUGCACGCACUUGGCCAAAAUAUGGACCUCGAUGCCUUGCUCUCUCAAAGUUACUUUGCUCUCUGCCCGAUCAAGAGCAAAGGUGCCGUUGCAUGACACCCGGACUGCUGCAGUGGACGGUUUUGCUCGGAAUGUUCCAGCGCUCGAGUGCCACUCACAGCGCAUGUUGAGUUGCACUGAGGGACCCCAACCCGGUAGCCGCAGCGCUAAAACGGGCCUGACGUCGAUAGCCGCAGCGCCCCUCCUCAAUCGAUUCCUCGGCAACGCAACAAAUUAUCGCCAGGGUGCUCCAACGCUCGCUCCGCCAUCGCUAGUAUACUUUGGAUCCAUACCCUCGCUCUACACGACACACAACCCCUCUUACGCCCACGACGGCUUCGGCUACGAUAAGUCCGGCAUCAUGUCCAGCAGAGAUCGUCGUAUCAUGAAGGAGCUGCAGGAUCUGACCGAGGACAAGGACACCUCCGGCAUUCACGCUGCCCUUGAGCAUGAGGGCUCGCUGUCUGCUCUCAAGGGCUGGUUCUUUGGCCCAGGAAAUACGCCGUACGCUGGUGGCAAAUUCGUGAUUCACAUUCAGCUUCCCAACGAUUACCCCUUCAAGCCUCCUAAGAUGAACUUUGAGACUAGGAUCUGGCAUCCUAAUGUCAGUAGUCAAACAGGCGUCAUUUGUCUCGACACCCUCAACAAGAACUGGUCCCCUGUCCAAACGAUAAAGACGGCUCUUCUCUCAGUCCGAAUGCUUCUCGAAAACCCAAACCCCUCAGACCCGCAGGACGGCGAAGUUGCGCGGAUGCUGCUCGACGAUCCCGACUCGUUUGUCGAGGUGGCUCACGAGUGGGCGGUUAGGCACGCUGGUGCGCCGCGACAGCGGAACCCCGACGUAACUAGAUUCAGAAGCCUGGCCAGACCAAGAACUGCUGUCGAUGCGAGUCGAUACCAUGGAUACAAGCCAAUUUUGGUCGAACAAUUUACGACUAUGGGAUUUGACCUCGACAAUGUGGUGGCCACUCUCGAGUUUUUCCGCAUCGACAAAUUCCACGAAAGCCUACCUCCGUCCCGCAUGUCGGACGUAACAUUCAGACUUCUGGGUGAGGGCGCUUAG